AUGAAGCAGGUUCACCCCGACACCGGCAUCUCCUCCAAGGCUAUGAGCAUCAUGAACUCAUUCGUCAACGAUAUUUUCGAGCGCAUCGCGGGGGAAGCUUCCUGCCUGGCCCAUUACAACAAGCGCAGCACCAUCAGCUCCCGGGAGAUCCAGACCGCCGUGCGGCUGCUGCUGCCAGGGGAGUUGGCCAAGCACGCCGUGUCGGAGGGUACAAAGGCGGUGACCAAGUACACCAGUUCCAAGUGAGACACCACAGUGUACUGAAAAAAACACAACCAAAACCCAACGGCUCUUUAAAGAGCCACCCACAACUUCCCUGAAACAGCUGAACUAUACAUUUGUAUAAAUCUUCUGUAAAUUAACAAGUUAUCCCUGACCCUGUGCGUGCUUGUUCUCGGAUGUGUUCAUACACACCUGUAAUCGCUGCCUGUGGACAGGGAUCAUGUUAAACACCAAUGAGCUAUUUUGAGCAAUUUCUGUGUGAUCUUGUUACCCUCUGUCACGCAAUCGAUUCAGAAGCUACAAGACCCGGUGCGGUAUGCAAAAGGGCAAGCAAGAAAAUAUACUUUUCCUCUGAGUUCCGUUUUUACCCUUUUGUUUUAUUUCCAGAUCUCCUCGCGGGUUUUGUCAGGUUGCUGAGGCUUUUUGCUGUAGGGAGAUACUUCCAAAAUGAGCCGAGAUAAAACCAGAACAGCUGCCGGACUGGCAUAGUAAAUGUGGAGCUUUUGCUGAACUUUGAUCGAGUGCAAUAAGGGAGGGCCGCUUUUAAAUAUUCUAGAAAAACGGUGUCCGCAAUUAAUGCGCUCACCUGGAAGAACGUUAUCGAAUGUUUUAUCAACUUAUCGGGUGUUUUUGAAAUUAGUUGCAGAGUGCAGAUUUUGGCGCUUUUUUGUUUCCGCUUGCAUUUAAUGUUCAGAAAAUCCGAUUCUAGGUCAGAAAUUGAGAUAUUCAAGGAGGUGAGGGAAAGGGAGAUGAAAUAAAGUGUACAUUCAGAAUCUAAGAGUAAA